AUGAUGAUAUCCAAACCCAUAAGCAUUUGGCUGAUUCAAAAUUGGGCUUUUCUAGAGCGCUUCUGUUUUCUAUCCCUGGACGGUCAGUUUGAAUAUCUGAUAGAGUUCGAUAGAGACAUGGGUAUUCCAAACUUACUGCUGUAUUACGACGACGCCAGCCAAUGGCCUGCCGUUUAUCACAGUGGAAAGUCUUGUAAAGAACGCGAGGCGGUUCUCAACAAAGCGGGCCAAAAUCAAAUAAUAAAAUUGUCCCAUUGGUACCCUGACACUGAAUUCUCUGGUUGCAUAGUUACUAAGGAAAACAAGGAGCUACCGGCUUCUAAAAGCACAACAACAUCGCCUUCAACAGCAACAUCAACAUCAACCACAAAAUCACCGCCAACAACAAAAACAAGAAACACAACAAAGCCCUCCCCACCCGUCGAUCCGUCGUACUACGAUCAAUUUUUAAAAACAACUGUCAAACCAAAAUCUACCAUUACAGACUCAAAUUCUACCACUUGGUACGAAUUGCCAGCUGAUGAAUUUAAUAUUACUACCACAAUAUUGCCGGAAGAUGAGUUAUGGGAGAGUAUUGGUGGGGAUAAGAAUGGUAGUCAAUUUGAUAAUUUAAAAAAUGAUGUAGAAUUGCUGUUUGAUGAUCAAAACCAUAGUGGGCACAAAAUAAAACGGUCAACUUUUGAACUGUACGAACGGUUUCGGCGGCGUCGUCUCAAAGCGGAAUCCGAUCAAAACGAGUUCAGCAAACCGAAGGAGAACAUUGAACGACUUAUCGUCUCCUGCCAUAACUCUAGACGGUUCAGAUCGGCCAGAGAACGAUGGUGGUUCAUAGCUAUUAGUAAUUGUGACAAUAAUAAGGGAUUGGAUGUAAGGUACAAGUUUUUAAUGACAAAUGGACCUGACGGAGACUUUUGGCACGAACACUUUUCCGCCGACGAAUUUUAUGUCCUACCGAUCCUUUUAUCGUACACUCUAGCGUACGUAAUAGUCAUGAUAGCAGUAGUGAUGAGCAGCGUGGAGCUCAAAUCACGGCACUUAUUACAUUCGACGUACAAACUAUUCCUAAUAUCGAUAGUGGCGCAGCACGCAGGUGUAGUGAUUCAAAGUUUGGGAUAUAUUCGAUAUGCUACUACAGGAGUGGAGCAGUUUGGACCCAAAACAGUUGGUCAAUUUUUCUGCGGCGUGUCCGAAAUGACGUUUUUGCUCCUUCUGACACUAAUGGCGAAGGGUUACACGAUCACCCGAGGUCGCCUUAAAGUCGGCUUCACUGUCAAGUUGACGGUCUUCAUGUGUUGCUACACUGUCACUUACAUCGUUCUCUUCGUUUACCAGGCCAGGGCCUUCGACCCAGGUGAGGUACUGUACCUCUACGAGAGUCCCGCAGGGUAUGGCCUGAUCGUGCUCAGAAUCACCGCCUGGUGUGUCUUCGCUUACUCCACAUUCUUCACUGUUAAGAAGUAUCCUGAAAAGAACAUGUUCUACUGCCCGUUCUUCAUUUGUGGCACACUGUGGUUUUAUGCGGGACCUCUUUUCAUUAUCACAGCUACUAAUUAUAUUGACAAGUGGGUGAGAGAGAGCGUUGUAACGGCAGUACUAUUGUUUAUAACUUUCAGUGGCCACAUCAUGUUCUUGCUACUUACUCUCCCGGUGUUCGCGAACAAAAAUUUUCCUUACCACGUACGAACAACACAGAUAGGUAUAAUGGAAGUAACCGGCAACACAACCUUAGACAGCUUCGGCCACAACGCGUAUCAUCCAGGAAACGGAGUACCUCAGACUGUCAUCAUACCACUCACUAGACGCACAGAAGAAUUAAUCGGAAACAUGUACAACGAAUACAUGGCCACAGCUCCACCGCUUUCUUUAGAACAAACGCCAAGACUCAACGGUUCAUCGCAAAAGGCCCUUCUACAACAAGACAGCACGGAAACAAACAACUCGGACGAUAUUAAGCCAUAUCUCAAUGAUAAUAAAGAAGUAUUUACAGUGGAAAGCCAGAUGGCUAAAAUUGAGAACGAGAAAAAUGUAGGGCGACAUGAGAGAUAUGAAAAUUCCGACUCGAGUAUUGUCACUGAAAGCUUGCACACGGAGAGUAUGAAUUCUGAUAGAAGUGAAUUGCCUAGUAUUUUGAGGUCUAGAAGAAUCCUAGAACCAAUAAAAAGAGAUGUGCCGACGUGGUCUCUCGCCAAAGGGCCUAGCGUUAUUGCUAUGCAGAUGAAGAAAGACAGCGAAGAUGCAGCAGAAUCCCCGCCGUCAUCUCUACGGUUGCCGCCAUUAAAUUUGCCACCACUCAACGAGAAAAAAGUUCCAGCAGUCAGAAACGGGUUGCCUAGUUCAGGAGAAAUCUCGACUAUACGAGAAGGCCACGUGCAAAGCUACAACGGCAGUGUUAGCAAAGCUACUGUUGACCUGUUCAGUGCCACUCGUAAGGGCUCUUAGCUAUAAACUAAAACAAUAAUGUUCACAGAAAUAUCGCGUCUUUCCCGACUAGAGGUGGUCAGUGUCAUACUGCGGCCACACUAAAGUUUAAUGGCAUUAAAUUAUCGCAUUAAUCGAGACUAAGGCUCAAUUUACAUUGCUGUGGAACGGAAGCGGCAAUUUCGCGACUAGAGGCUGAAGUAUUUCGUCAAGGUUUGACGGUAUACUGCGCCUGCCUCCGCGCCACUUCACAGCAGCUGCGAAAUUCUGGCGAAUGUGCAAGCAUUCUCGAGCAUGCGCGUGAAUUCCGCGGAAGACAUGAGACGUGAUUUUUGGCUCGUAUCUAUAGUGUUAAACCUUGGGUCUUGGUAGACGAGGAAAUAAAACGCAGCUGUAAUUUCGUGUGGUGAUCGUGUAAAGAGAACGCACUGGAUUUGCAAUUUGACUUGUAAACUAUAGCGCCCUCUGACGCCUUGGACAUACACUAUUAUAGACUAUUUUACUAUCGCCAUUUAGCGAGCGGCCACAGAACUGGGUGGCUGUCUAGUUCACUAAGUAACUGACAUAAGACUACGCGACACAGUGCCGCGGCGUAGUGUUAGCAAAGGCUCACUAGGUGUUGCUGCUAACAUCUAGUUUGUACGUUACACAAAUGACUAUAAAGUUCAUUACGCUAUGCACAAUAUCAUUGCAAAAAUUCGCUUCCAUUCCGUUCCGCUGCAAUAUAAUUUGAGCCUAAGCGUAAGUGUAGCCACGACCUAUCGCGAUAAUUUUAUUACAGCAUUCACUGUGGUAUUUACGCAUUAGACGACCGGGUGGUGGUUUUUUUGGCACAUUAAAGAGAUUUACUGCGUUAUGUAAUGCGUGUAGUAGCCACACUGACAUUAUAGUGUGCAGCAUGAGCGCAACAGGAUUGCACGUGUCGCUCGACGACGAUUCAAGUACGGAGUGGUCAAAUGCGAGCUCGAGUUUCUCCAAUUGUUUCAAAUUGAACCAUGUCUAUACUAUUGGUUUUGUUUCUGUCAAAUGCAAAAUAUUCAUAUUAAAUAAUUAACACUAAUGAAAUAACAUAACGAAGCAGCUUCAACC